CUCAAUUAUCUUGAUAGAAAUCAACUGAACCAGAGCAAACAGAGGACAAAAUUGUUUAUAAGGGCAAAGACUUAUUUUUGCCAUAGAGUUUGACGUUGAAUCCACAAGAAAGAGAUAUACACUUUUGCUGUCAACACCAAGCCAACCCCUUCAUUCACUUCUUCACACUCACUUACACCCUCACUUUCACUUCACUCUCACUCACUCACAACCAUCCAUGUCUCUUCAGCCGUCCUCAUGACAGACCUCCUCCAAAUCCUGCCCUCCUUUCCUCUCCGCCCUUUUGCAGCUCUAAUACCAACAAUUGAGCAACAGGCUCUCACAACAACAGAUCUUCUCACCCUUCAUCCCGCAGACAUAGCAAAGCAGACACGCCUCCCUAUCCUCGAUCUCAAGCGUCUCAUAGCUGCUAUACAAGCGUCUCUCUCUGACGAUCUCAGCCCACAGCAGCCUCUACUUCAACCGGCUGAAGAACCCAAAGUCAUCAGUACUCUUGAUGAGGGUCUGGAUGCUGCAUUAGGAGGUGGCGUGCCUGUUGGUGUGAUAACGGAAAUCACUGGUGAGAGCGGUGCUGGAAAGACUCAAGCUCUUCUAUCACUAUGCCUUGCUGUUCAACUUCCUCCGCCUCAUGGCCUGGGCCGUGAAGCUCUCUACAUCUCAACUGAGGCAGCUCUCGCCACAAGCCGUCUUGCACAGAUGCUCAACUCAAACCCCAUUCUACAACAAUACGGUGACCCUGAAACUCGCCCUUCUCUUGAUGCUAUCCACAGCGCAGUCACGCCUGAUCUAGAAACACAAGAUCACAUCCUUGACUUUCAAGUUCCCGUUCUUCUGUCCCGUCACAAAAUUGGUCUCAUCAUUCUCGACUCAGUGGCCGCCAACUAUCGUGCUGAGUUUGAGCGUCAGGGUUCUCACGGCUCUAAUAUGGCCGCUCGAAGUGCUGAACUCGUUCGUCUCGGUGCUCUUCUGCGCGAUCUAGCUCGACGGCAUAAUCUCGCUGUUGUCGUAGCCAAUCAAGUCGCUGAUCGCUUCGCAUCCAGCUCUACACCACGACAUGCACCUCCUAGAAGCAGUGGCGUCGCUUAUGAGAGUCCCCUCGCUUCAAGGAGUAUGCCUCCUCCUUCAUCUACAAACCUCCCUGGCACGCCCUCAUCAUCAUUACCCUUUGCCUUACAAGAUCCCGAUGGUCCUCCGCCUCCGCCCGCCCUAAUGCUUGAUCAUCAACAGCGUUGGUUCACAGGCUGGGGUGAUGAUCCUCACGCUUCUUAUUCACUCAAGACCCCAAGUUUGGGCCUCGUGUGGUCAACGCAGAUUGCUUGUCGUAUUGCACUCUUCAAGCGUCCUGUCUAUGGCCGUAUAAGACAGGCUGCGCCAGUAACAGCAGAGGACGACUCUGACUUGGCAGCACCCACACUCAGAGGAUGGCGAAGAUGGAUGAAAGUUGUAUUUGCGCCUCAUGCGCCUCAAACGGGUCAAGGCUUAGACGGGGCGGUCGAGUUCGAAGUUACUAUGGGAGGAUUAAAAUCAAUUAAGAUUCAAAAGGCGAAGAAGCAAUAA